GAUUACACUUAAUCCAUGCUCAUUCAAAGGGUGCUGAGCCUGUGUCCGCCCCCCUUCUCUCCUCUCCAUUCAUAUAACCCCAGCUGCCUCCUGCUAGCCUUUGCCCACUAGGCUUGCUGUCCCUGAGUGCGUGAAAGUGCAGUGAGUCGUGGAGAAUGAGCAUGCCUUUCUCAGAGGCGGUGUGGCUGUGCCUGGCUGUCACUGCAGGUGUGGGAAGCAUAGCUGUUUGCAAAUACAAGAGCCCUGGGCAGCUGGGAAGCCAAGCGAUCUGCCUCGCAGCCCUCUGGGGAGGGAUUUGCCUGCUCAGACUGUCCCUCUUCUGGAUCUUGCUUCUUUUCUCCCUGUCAUGUUUCCUUUUGUAUAUGCGCUCACCGAGCCAAGAGUUGUUACCUGUGGAUCAAAAGGCCGUCCUGGUGACAGGUGGUGACUCUGGGUUCGGCCAUGGUUUGGCCAAGCAUCUGGACAAGCUGGGCUUCACGGUAUUUGCCGGGGUUUUGGAUGAAAAGGGCUCAGGAGCAGAGGAAUUGCGAAGAUCUUGCUCCAAGCGCCUCUCGGUGCUGCAGAUGGAUGUCACCAACCCGCAGCAGAUCAAAGAUGCUCACAGCAAAGUCGUAGAAAAGGUGCAGGACAAAGGACUGUGGGCGGUGAUCAACAAUGCUGGGAUCAUUGGCUUCCCUAUGGACGGGGAGCUCAUUCCCAUGGCCGACUACAAAUCCUGCAUGGCYGUGAACUUCUUCGGAGCCGUAGAAGUCACCAAGACAUUUUUGCCUCUUCUCAGGAAAUCCAAGGGGAGGCUGGUGAAUAUCAGCAGCAUGGGAGGAGUGUUCCCAAUGCAACAGUUGGCAGCUUACAGCUCAUCGAAGGCAGCUCUCACCAUGUUCUCAUCAGUUAUGAGACAAGAGCUUUCCAAGUGGGGAGUAAAAGUCUCUGUCAUCCAACCUGGAGGCUUCCGAACAAAUAUAGCGGGCACAAGUGAGAGCUGGAACCAGAAAGAGAAGGUUAUCCUGGACCACCUGCCCCCAGAGCUGCAGGAGGACUACGGCCGGGACUACAUCCUCCGGCAGAAGGAUUUCCUCCGUCGGAUGGGAAUCUACACCUCCUCGGACAUCACCCCGGUGAUCCGCGACGUGGAGCACGCUGUCUCCGCCCAGAGCCCCUCUGCCUUUUAUGCACCGGGGAAACUGACUUCCCUGUUUCUCAAUAUUGCUUUCUUUUUCCCUACCAGCUUCCUUGAUUAUUUUGAGAAAAAACAAAAUAUCAAAAGAAAGGGCAUGCCCAGAGCUCUAAGCACGCCUAAGUAGAACAAGGGCAGAAUGAAAGCAAAACUGGGCGCUUCCCAUUAAAGCCAUUUCCUGCUUUCCAUGCCCUCCAAGUGUGUUGGUGGGCUUGGAGUUGGCGAGAAACAACCCCGCGGAGAACACCUGGUACCUGCCACGCCCUGGAUUGUUUCGGAUACAGGCUACCUCAGAGAUAACUGCGGAUGGGUUUCAGACACUCAGUAAAGUGAAUGCAGCAAUAAAGCAAGUCACACGAGGGUUUUGGUUUCCCAGUGGAUGUCAAAGUUGUGUUUGCCCCAUACUCAGUUUAUUAUGUGUGCAAGAGCUUGAUGUAUAAAAAGUACWUACCUUAGUUAGAAAUAUUUAUUGCUUAAAAAAAAAUUACCAAUCACCUGAGCCUUGGGCAAGUCACAGUCCUUUCUGGCCUUGGAUGGUCUUGCCUCCACGUUGCUGGCUACUGCCUGAUCAGGGUGGUGACUGCUGGAAGUUGGGAUGCUGGUGGCAGUUUCGGAAGACAGUGAGAUGGUGGCAAUUCUGUCACCUCUUCAGGCUUUUUCUAAUCUUAGUUCUCUAUUUUUCACAUCUGCAGUUUCUUCUGCCACUGAAUUCUUGAACUGUUCGAAGUCAUCCAUGGGCAUUGGCAGCAACUUCUUCCAAACUCCUGUUCAUGUUGAUAUUUUGACYUCCUCCUAUGAACCAAGAAUGUCCUUAAUGUCACCUUCAAUGGUGAAUCUUUUCCAGGAGGUUUAUCCAAGUCCUUUAGAAGAAUCACUAUCCAUGGCAGCCACAGCCUUACAAAAUGUAUUUCUUAAAUAAUAUGGCUUGAACAUUAAAAUUACUCCUUGAUCCGUGAGGUGCAGAAUGAAUGCUGCAUCCACCAGCAGGAAAUCAACAUUAAUGUCUUUGUACAUGUCCACUCCAGGUGCACUGUCAAUGAGUGGUGAUAUUUUGAAAUGAACCCUUUUUUUCCCCCUGAGCAGUAGUUCUCAACAGCAGACAUAAAA